AUGGCGGCUCAACUCCUUAAGCGUUUCCCCCUCACAUCCCAAGCUCGCAAAUCCUCGUCUGUUUUCUGUUACUCUGCAUCACCAUCGUCAUCCGAUGAGGCCUCCACCACUGCCGUAACCACCGCCGUUUCUAUCCUCACCCACCGCCGUUCCAAGUCUCGCUGGAGCUACCUCCGUUCUCUCUACCCCGAUGGCUUCGAUCCCGACGAUUUUUCUCAAAUUACCCUUCACCUUAGGAACAGACCGCAUCUCGCAUUCCAGUUUUUUCGCUUUAGCAAAUCCCUCUGCAACCACAACCUUGCGUCUUAUUCCACAAUCAUCCACAUUCUUGCUCGUGGCCGUCUCAAGUCACAUGCCCAGGACAUCAUUCGUAUGGCUAUUCGAGCGUCCGAAUUGCGGGAGGACGAUGACGGAAAUAAUCCCAGGUCAACACCAUUAAAGGUAUUCGAGAAUCUAGUGAAGACUUAUAAAGAUUGUGGUUCUGCUCCAUUUGUGUUCGAUUUGUUGAUCAAAGCUUGUUUGGGAUCAAAAAAUAUUGACCCUUCAAUUGAAAUCAUGAGAUUGUUACGGUCCCGUGGGAUUAACCUGAAUGUCAGUACCUUGAAUUCUCUGAUUUAUUGCGUUUGCCAAUCUCGAGGGGUUGAAGCAGGAUAUGAAAUUUACAGGGAGGUGAAAAAGAUUUGGGACGAAAUGGUUGAAUUGAACUGUGUUCCCAAUGCUUAUAGCUAUACUGUAUUGGUGGCUGUAUUUUGUGGAGAAGGGAAAAUGGAAGAAGCAGAGAAGUUGUGGCAAGAAAUGAGAACUAAAGCCUUGGAGCCUGAUGCAGUGAGUUAUGAAACCAUGAUUGGUGGAUUUUGCAAGACUGGAAAUGUUGGGAGGGCUGAAGAAUUUUACAGAGAAAUGGCAAUGAAUGGUAUAGAAGGUACAUCUGCAACAUAUGAGCACAUCAUCAAGGGACACUGUGAUAUAGGAGACAUCGAUUCAGCAAUUCUUGUUUAUAAAGAUAUGUGCAGGAAGGCUUUUAAGCCAGAAGCUUUAACUCUUGACCUGAUGAUUAGCUUACUUUGUGACAAGGGUAGGGUUGAUGAGGCAUUAGCGUUUCUGAGAUAUGCAAUGGAUAAAUUUGAUUUGUUUCCCAAGGAAACGAGUUAUGAGGCCAUGAUAAAGAGGCUAUGUUAUGAGGGAAGGAUGGAAGAAGCAUUGAAGCUUCAGGCAGAGAUGAUAGGAAAAGGGUUUCAAUUAGAUUCAGAGAUAUAUGGUGCUUUCAUUGAUGGGUAUAUGAGACAGGGGAACGAGGAGAUGGCUGGAGCUUUAAGGAAAGAGAUGCUGCAAAUUCAGAUGCGGAGCUGA